AUUCAAGUCUCAGGUCUACAGAAUGCUGAGCAGGAAGGGGUCCUCGGCUGGGCCCCGGGGAGAGGACCGCGGCGGGGUCAGGGACCGGCUGCGGGUGGCCUUGGCUGGGCUGCAGGAGCUGCAUCUGCUCCGGGACCGGCAGGGCGACAUGGUGAGCUGGGCUCUGGGGCUGGACCGGGAGGAACCGGUCUCCUGGGUGCUGUCCGAGCCAGAAGGAGCAGGGGUGAUGGGAGCCGAGGAGCAGCGGCUGGAGGCCACCCUGACCUCCCUGAAGCAGCAGCUGUCUCGUCUUCGGAAACAAGACGUCGGCCUGAAGACUCACCUGCAGCAGCUGGACCAGCAGAUCCACGAGCUGAAGCUGGACGUGAGCAAGGCCUCCUCAGAGCAGCCCGAGAGCGACAGCAGGCCCAGUUCAGGUUUCUACGAGCUCAGCGACGGCGGCUCCUGCUCCCGAUCCAACUCCUGCACCUCCGUCUACAGCGAGAGUCUCACGUCCUCCCAAACGAGCCUCGUCCCCAUGAGUCCUGGUUGUCAUGGCAACCCCCCGCCGCCGUUCGACCUGAGCCGCCGGCGCUCUGCGGACGAGAACCCACUGCGGCCCGCGGGCCUUCAUCUGGGCAGCAGCAGGAUUCGAGCAAACGUUACGAGCGCCGAACACGCACGACCCAGACCUGUGUCAACAGGUGAUCUGGACAAUAUGAUGGCUCAAGGACUGGGCUGCUUUAAGUCUGUGGAUCCAAAGAAACCCCCAAAUUGUCCAAAACAGCCAUUUUUCUUUUUGGAGCCCAAAUUCCAGCACAGUUUGGAGCCUCACAGUGGGACUGAAGUGUACCGGUACCCCAGCCCCCUUCAUGCUGUGGCUCUCCAGAGCCCAAUCUUCUUCCAGGGGGGUGAAGCUGGGAAUUCUGUACCUUUAGAGGGCCAAGGAGCCCCUGAAAACAUUUACGACUUCCUACAAAUGGGGUCCAAAACUCUGGGUUACAUCGACAAGCUCCUGCACCGCAGCCUGAGCAAAAUCCAAACAGAAACAGAGACUAUGAAAUCAGAAGACCGCUAUGAAAGGAAGUCCACUGAAAAUGUUCAUGGAUUGUCUCAGAAAUGUGUGUCCAUGCUGUCGCCUUCACAAGUCAAGACCAACAACGUUACUCCACUAAGCAAUGACCAGAACAGGUGUUGCACGGCCACUUAUGGCCAAGAAACAACAUUCCGGAUGAACCAGAAACCGACAUUUGAAGCACCAGAUGGUCUCAACCAAUACUCUGCAACUACCAAGGACUACAGGCCGGAUGAGGUCACCCGUUUAUCCUCUAAGAAAACCUAUAAACCCCAAGGAGAAAACACAAAAACAGCAAGGAGCCACUCUGAUAAAAAAUGUAAUUUAGAGCAACAAGACAUGAAGCUAAACCCAGGAAUUGUCCAAGGCUUUGAUGUUCUCACAGGCUCACCCGAGUUUGUGCAUGCCAGGUUUGUCCCUGCUGGAUCCCAGAGGGUCAAGAUGAGACAAGCAGACCGUAAAACCAAAGCUGUGAAGCCAAAGCCAAAAAGCAGCAUGAAGCCUCGCGUGGUGAAACACCAACACAGCUUCUCCGGAGAAAGGACCGGUGCUGAAGCGAAGGGGGAGCGCAGAAAACCAGGAAAGGGGAAAGUGAUGAACAGAGUGAACACCUUUAAGGAAGUCGGAGAGAGUUCAGACUUCGACUCUGUUUUCCACAGUCCAGGGUUCAUGGUUACCCACAAAGUGCAAUCUAAAACCAGUUCUGUCCCUGCUUUUCCAAAGUUUGGCAAAGGUUGUAGACCACAAUGCCUGGACUACGAAUACCCCACAGAGCAGAGGAGGAGGAGACAGUCUUCUUCCAAAUGGCAGUCUGACAUGGACAUUUUCCAUGCCCCCUGCGUCCAGAAGUCAAAGGAGCCUCGUGUCCAGGCGUCAGAGAGCUUACAGAUGGUCUGCAGUAUCGGAGCCAAGUCAGGGCAGUGGAUGGGGGCCCAACGGCCUUUCCAGGUUCCAGUGUUCUCCAAUUCGUUUCUCCACAGUCUGAACUCCAGAUACCCUCCAGCACCUGUUCACUCAUCCAGUCUGUACCCACCCAGGUGCGAAUCCGAGUACUCGGCCGAAUGCGCCUCGCUGUUUCACUCCACCAUCCACGAAAGUAGCGAGGGAGAGACAAGCGACAACACCACCAACCGCUUCGGGGACAGUGAGCCCAGCCAGAGCCUGCAGUCCUACUCGGACUCCGACAGCAGUCUGUCGCUGGAGGAGACGGAGCUCCACGAAGAGGAGAGAGGUUUGGUGUGGGCUAAAGCCUCGUUUGGGCCCACCGCGGCUGAACAGCCCCUACAACAGCUCCGACCACGCCCUGAAGCAUCAACUUGCCGCAUCAAAGCGUCUCGCGCCCUGAAAAAGAAAAUUCGCCGGUUCCAGCCGGCCUCUUUGAAAGUCAUGACCCUGGUAUAAAAAAAAACCAACUAAACUCUGGGAACCCUGGGGACAUCUUUGAAAACCUGUUUUUACAAAUCUGAUAUGGUCUCUCAGAACAAAGAUCUUCAACUGAACUGGCUUUUUGUGUCAUUUAAACAAAAACAAGUAAAGGUCUUACAAUCCUGGAAGAAAUGUUUAGCCACCUUUCACGUCAGAGUUCUUCACUGAAAUCAGACAAAAACUUUGGUCAAACUUUGUACGUGACAU